AUGAAGGCAACCUUUGCAGCCGUUUGCUUCCUAGCCACAGUGGUGUGCACUAUUGCGCUGCUGCCUGAGAAGAUCUGCAGAGCACCACAUCCUGUGGCAACCUGCACCGCUGGUGAACCGAUUAAAUCGAUGUUCUACUUUGACGACGGCACCGACCAAUGCGAGGAAUACUAUGGAUGUGGAGGGGGUCCCAAUGACUUUGGGUCCAGACGUGCCUGCAUGGAUGCCUGUCCUUACGGUAAACACAAGCCAAACUCCCCCAAGCCCUGAAAGUCUACUCG